AUGGCAACUAGUGGUGGUGGUGAUGACAACGAAUGGCAAAAAUUGCCAUGCGAUGAAAAAGUGCAACAUAAAGCAUGGAAAGCUCGUAUGACUGGAUAUGAAGAAUGUGUAAAAUUAUUUCGUACACAAGAUUCUGAUAAAAGUCCUGAGUUUAGUAAAUAUCUUGGACUUAUAAAAAAAUUUGUUAUUGAUACAAAUGAGAAUGCUCGAGAGAAAGCACUUGAUGCUGUGUUUGCUUUUGUUGAAGAAGCACAGGUAGCUGGAAAAACUGUAGGUGAAGUAGCACCAGGAUUAAUUAGUAAAUGUUUAAAUGGACGUGCUAAAAUGAAAGAACGAGCAUUCGAUGUUCUACUUAUGUAUGUUGAAAUUGAAAAACAAGCUGAUAUUGAAGACGAACUUGUCAAAGGCUUAGAAAAUAAACAACCAAAAAUUGUUCAAGCUUGUGUUGAACUUCUUCGAAAAGGCUUAUCAGAAUUUGGUUCAAAAGUUCUUCCAAUUAAACCAUUUAUUAAACAAGUCGUACCAUUACUUGAUGAUCGUGAUAAAAGUGUUCGUGAUGAAGCUAAAUUAUUACUUGUUGAAGUUUAUAAAUGGAUUGGUAAACAAACUCUUCUACCAUUAAUACAAAAUGUUAAACCUAUUCAAUUACAAGAAUUACAAACUGAAUUUGACAAAUUAGAUUUGAAUGGUGCUGAUAAACCACGACAAACGCGUUUUCUUCGUUCACAACAAGAUCUUAAACAAAAAAUGGAACAAACACAAGCAUCUACAACAGUUGGUGCAUCCGUAGCUAUUGAAGAUGUUAAUGUUGAAAUGCAAGAAGAUUUAGAUCCAUUUGAAAUGAUGGAACCUGUCAAUAUUCUUGAUCGAUUACCAAAAGAUUUCUUCGAUAAAAUUGAAUCAAAACAAUGGAAAGAACGAAAAGAAGUUUUAGAUGAUUUAAUAACAAUAUUAACUCAAAAUCCCAAAUUAGUACCUGAUGCUGAUUAUUUUGAACUUAUUAAAGCAUUAAAAAAGAUCAUUUCAAAAGAUAGUAAUGUACCUGUUGCUCUUGUUGCUGCUAAAUGUUUAACAGCAUUAGCUAAAGGUUUACGAAAAGCAUUUAAAAGUCAUGCUGUUGGUGUCCUUGAAGUAUGUCUUGAUCGAUUUCGAGAAAAGAAAACAAAUGUAAUUGAAGCAUUACGUGAAACAUGUGAUGCAGUAUAUCCAUCGACAAAUCUUGAUCCACUUUCUGAAGUAGCUGUAGCUGUACUGGCGCAUAAGACACCUAUUGUUCGACAAUGCACUGAACAAUUUCUUACAAAAUGUUUUGCUAUGGCUACACAAACAACAUUACCGAAGAAAGUUCUCAAACUUUAUCUUCCGCCAUUAAUUAAAAAUACAGGAGAUGCAGACCCAAGUGUUCGUGAUAGUGCAUUUGAAAGUCUUGGAAUGUUAUGGAAAUGUCUUGGUGAAAAACAUAUACUUCCAAAUAUUACAGAUCUGGAUGAAUUAAAAUUAAAUAAAAUCAAAGAAUAUGCUGAAAAAGCAGUUCUAUUAAAUCUUCGAGGAGAACCACGUUCAACAGCUGCUGUAACAACUGCAAGUACAGCUGUUGUACCAAAAUCAGCUGCAUCAUCAGUAAAUUCAGCAACAAUGACAAAAAAACCAGGCGGUUCUACUGUAGCUAAAUCAGAUAGUAUUGCUGAUAAAGAUGAAGAAUCAGCAACUCCAGCACCAGCAGCGAAACCAGCUGCUGCAGCAAAGAAAAAAACAGCAACAACUGCUAAACCAGCAGCAACAACAAGUGAACCUGUCGAAGAAAAAAGACGAGAACCACGUCCACAAAAGGCUUCUACACCGAUCAUUGGUGUAGUAUCUCAUAUUACUUCUUCUCGUGUCAAACAAUCUGUUACAAAUAUAUCAUCGUCAACAUUAAAUGGUAAACUUAAUUCAGCAAAAGUUCGACCAAUUACAGCACCAGUAUUAUCAAUGAAAACAACAAAUGUUCAAUCAAAUCCUCAACGUCCAGUUGCUUUUCAUUCAACUCAAGCAAUAGAAACAAAAGUUCGAUCGAAACCAAUAUCAUCAACUGUUCGACGUUCGUCACUUACUACACCAUGUUCACCAUCAUUAAAUUUACAACGUCAAUCAUUAUUAACUAAUGGUUCAACAUCAUCAUUAACUACUCCAAAUAUUCAAGGACCACUACGUUCAGAUACACCACCUUCAACAAUAACACUAACAAAUUCUACUACUGCAAUACUUCGAACAUCAUCCAAUGAUAUUAUUUCAUCAUCAAUUAAUUCGAAUCUCAAUACUAAAAGUCGUAUUCCUAUGCGAGCAAUACCGCGUAUUAUGAUUAAAAAAUCAUCAGCAUAA